AUGGUUGGCACUGCGCCCGAUUCAGAAACCUUGCCCUCGGCAUCUAUGGGCCCAAGAGGUCUGGCCACCCCUUCCUGCGAUGAAGAAGCAUACGCGACCGCCCCCAGCAGCCCAAGCCGUCCCGCGCGGGUAAACCGGACCGUUCACCAAUUCCGGCCGGUGCCGGCUCCACUUCCGCCGUCAUUCCCUAGGCCGCUACCCACUCGCCCACCUCAACAAAGUCGACGUGGAAACCAUAGCCGGCGCGCCUCACCACCUCCGCCUCCGCGCCGCCCCGGUGAUGAGCCGCCCCAUGGCCCGCCGCCCCCAUAUAGUGCCACGCAGCCAGACUACGCCCAGACGCCAGCUGCCGACUUUGGUUGCAUAAUUUGCCGCAAGACGUCGCACGGGCUGAUGCAAUGCCCAGUGCGCGCACGGCUCCAGAGGCAAGGCGAUCUUCCGACGGGAUGUGUCCUCUGCCUAGAGCGCAACCACCACGUGGAAGAAUGCAAAAAAUUAGCCAUGGCCCGCUAUGAGGCCAUG